ACAUCUUUAGGUUUUACCUCGCGCCUCUCGCUCCUAAACCCUUUCUUCCGUCGCUUGUCUCCGCCACGACCUAGAGAGAGAGAGGGAGCUCAACAAUGGCGUCAAUCCUCGCGAAGAAGCAGAAGAAGAAAGAAAACUACACCUUGAAAGACCUCAAGUCACUAGGCUCCGACCUACUCUCAUCCCGAGCUCACAUCAACAACCUCCCUCUCCUCCUCUCCUUCAUCUCGCCGGACUCUCCGCCGCAGUUCGUGGUGGAAUCCCUCCUCUCCCUCCAGUCCUUCUUCACUCCUCUUCUCCCUCAGCUUCCCUCGUCCUCUUCCUCGCCUGCUUCUUCGACGAAACGCCCUCGUUCCGAUGAACAAGACGACGACGAUUCGUCAAAUGAAGUCGAUGGUGACCCUGAAGUCAUCUUCAAAGCUUGGCUGAGAUCGAAGUUCGACGAGUUCGUGAAGGUUCUGCUCGAUGUUCUUGUCUCUCAACAGUCAGAAGAUGCUCUAAGGGAUAUUGUUUUGGGAACGUUAAUGGAGUUUGUAAAGCUUCUGAAUGCUGGAAGAUUUCACUCUUCCAUCUACAAUAGGAUACUUAAUGCUAUUAUUCGUUCUGCGGUUGAUGUUGAUAUGUUCUUGGAUAUACUUGACUCAAAGUACUUCAAGUACAUCGAUGUCCGCUAUUUUACAUACAUCAGCAUGGAAAAGUUUGUCAAAACUCUGGAAGCCUCAGCUGUUUCUGCUGACAAAACAGUGAUAGAAAAUAGUGAGGAUGAGAAUGAAUCGAAAGACAGCCUGGAACUCUCUAUUCGCAAGAUCUAUCAAGUUCUAUCUCGAAUUCCACCACCUCAUAAACAAGCUGAAAAGUCUGACCAUGAGAUGUGGAGUGGUUCAGAUGAAAGUAGUAGUAGUGAGAAACCGAAAGAUAAAAAGAAAAAGAGCAAGAAGGAUCAAGACAGCAAUCUUCUUUCUCCGACUACAAUUGCCAAGAGGAUGAAGCUGAAGUUCACUAAAGCAUGGAUCUCUUUUCUCAGACUGCCUCUUCCCCUUGACGUUUACAAGGAGGUUCUUGCUAGUAUUCACCAGACAGUCAUUCCCCAUCUGUCUAAUCCUGCAAUGCUAUGCGACUUCCUAACAAAGUCUUAUGAUAUCGGAGGAGUUGUCAGUGUGAUGGCUCUAAGCAGCCUCUUCAUCCUCAUGACCGAGCAUGGUCUAGAAUAUCCAAACUUUUAUGAAAAGCUCUAUGCGUUGCUGGUUCCUUCGGUCUUUGUUGCCAAGCACCGUGCAAGAUUUCUUCAGCUUCUUGACGCUUGCCUUAGGUCAUCACUGCUUCCAGCAUAUCUGGCAGCUUCAUUCGCAAAGAAACUUAGCAGAUUGUCACUCUCUGUUCCUCCCUCGGGAUCGCUUGUCAUAACGGCUUUGAUCUACAACCUGUUGCGUAGACAUCCUACAAUCAACCAUCUUGUUCAUCAGGAACCCGUUGACAACGCCAAUGAAGCCAAUUCAGAGGCUGAGGAAGACAAUGAGAGCAGCAGACCAAAGACUAACAAAAAGCUUGGUAUGGACUAUUUCAACAACCAGGAAACUGAUCUCAAGAAAACUGGUGCCAUGAGAAGUUCCCUUUGGGAGAUUGACACAUUGCGCCACCAUUACUGCCCACCUGUUUCGAGGUUUGUUUCAUCGCUGGAAACUGAUCUAACAAUCAGAGCGAAAACCACUGAAAUGAAAAUAGAAGAUUUCAGCUCUGGUUCAUAUGCCACCAUCUUCGGAGACGAGAUUCGAAGAAGGGUGAAACAAGUUCCAUUAGCCUUCUACAAAGCAGUUCCAACAUCUCUGUUUGAGGAUUCUGAUUUUCCAGGGUGGACAUUUACCAUUCCUCAAGAGGAGGGCAAAUGCUGAGUGCUAUCAAAAGAGUAGCCAGCUCAUGACGUAAAAACAAUGCCGGUAUUGAAAGAUUUGUGAUACCCAAGUUUUGUAGUUCCGAUAUAGUUUUUGGUUUUGAUACUGAGUGUGUCGUUAGGCGUACAUCCACACUAUAGCACCACACAUUCGCGUCUCUGGUUGAUUUGAAACUAUUUCUUUUUCACCCAAAAAAAAAAGAAAAAUUCUGUUUGCUCCUUAAUAAGGUUGACGCUGCGAAACCGGGAUGGUCGAUGCUAAACCUAUGAUAAGAAACUUAAUAUAUUUGUAAAUUAAACUAUAAACUUAUGAUAAGAUUAUACAUUUACUAAUCA